UCCCCCAUCUCAGCCAUGGCUUCCCCCCAAGAUUUCCAGACCUUCGUCUUCCUCGACCUGGAGACCACCGGCUUGCCCCGUGACCAGCCCUGCAUGGCUGAGCUCUGUCUCUUUGCUGUGAACCGUCGUUCCCUGCAGUGCUCCACCCUGGAUGCCUCGCAGCCCCCGCAGCCGCCUCGCAUCUUGGACAAGCUCACCCUCUGCAUCGACCCCCAGAAGCCGUUCACCCCCAAAGCGGAGGAGAUCACCGGGCUGAGCAACCAGACAUUGGAAGAGAACUGCAAGCCGGAUUUCAACAGCGCUGUGGUGGAGGCCUUGAGGGCGUUCCUGGACCGGCAAGCCGGCCCCAUCUGUUUGGUGGCUCACAACGGUCUGCGCUUUGACUUCCCCCUGCUGCGGACCGAACUCUUGCGGGUAGACGCUGACCUCCCCCCGGAUACCGGCUGCCUGGAUACGCUGCCGGCCCUGAAGGAACUGGAUCAGGCAGCCCACCAGAGCUACCGGCUGGGAGAGGUCUUCUGGCGCUUCUACGGGCAGGAACCGGUCGGGGCUCACUCAGCCGAAGGGGACGUGCUUACUCUUCUCUUGAUCUUCCUCGCCAAAGCCCCUCAGCUGAUGGACUGGGCGGCCGUCAACGCUCGGAGCUGGGGGGACAUCAAGCCAAUGUACCCUCCCAGUCCGGUCAGCUUCAGAAACUGAUGCUCAGUCCAAAACUAGAAGGCAACAAAUUGCUC